CCUGACAUCACGAAAAAAAUUGAUUUUCUUUGUCAACAAACAACUUCGAAAAUGGGCUUUACAAUCAUCAUAACCAACAAGAAUCUCCUGAAAAAUACGAUUUUACUUGUGCUCAAUAGGUCAGCAGCUGCGUUUACUGUUUUCACCCUACUUUUCAGCAACAGUAAUUUCGGAGUGAAUCCAUUUGUUGCAUUCAUAGGAAAAGGAUCACUGCAACUAGUUGCAUUGUAUGCGGGUCACGUUGUCGGAAACAAGUUCGGGAGACGGGUAACACAAUGUCUGGUGCUAAUGUCUACUGGUUUCUUCUGCAUCAUUCUCGUAUUCUUAACCACAGGACAUUCAACCCAGUGGAUCAUAACUACAUUUUCGCUGAUGCUACUGUUUUGCUGCGAGUGUUCGUUUUCACUCUCAAACCUGCAGAGCUUGGAAUUACAUCCAACAAGUAUACGACAAAUUGCAAUCGCAAUUGAGUACGUCUUCGUUCAAUGCACUCUGACUGCUGCACCUCAUCUUGCUCACUUGGGGAACACUUCUGGAAUGCAUAUCGUAUUCAGCGUGCUUGCAGCUGUGACACUGAUUAUGUCGGCUUUAAUGUCUUUUGUGCCGGAGUCAUUUAACGAGAAGCUCCCGGAGACAAAAAACGAUAUUUCACUCCUAGGAAAGAAUCAGAAGUACUGGAGUUUUCCUACCAGAAAGUAAAGGGGAUCGAGAAAAUAUUGCUGAGCGGAACUGGAGCUGUGGACAUGAUCCUGCAAAAGUCUGGAGAAACGAAAUACUGUGAUGACAAAAAUAUAUAGCAGGUGUUCUUUAUUCUAACAGAAAUGAAAGCAUUUCCUUCCUGAAAUAAUGAUACGACCAUGAUUCAAGUGGUAUGAUGGUAAAGUGGUGAGGGAGACCAGUUACAUCUACAAAUGAAACAGAUAUAUAAAUCGAACACCUACAAGACAAACAAAUCGAUUCUACCAGCUUAAAGAUAGUAAAACAUGCAAACUAUAAUAUUUAUGAAAUAACCUCCUUUUUGUUCAUGAUGCAUUA